GAUAUACCUCCGCGCCUAUGACGUGUGACCUUAACCACGAGCUUCUUGCAUGGUGCGCUGCAUGAAGGUUAAUGCCGUUGCUCCGCCUGAGAGCAUGAAUUGGUCACAGGAGACAGUACACGGGCUGGCAAUGCUAGGGUGCGGAAGAGUCUGGAAAGAGUGCCGAGAAUUCCGCUGAACCCAGUGAGCGGCAGCAGUAUUCUACCUCCGAGCUCUCUCAGGACAGCUGCGCACGAAGUCAGACCCUCUGUACACACAUGGUCGUAUACACUCACAAGCUCAGGCUCUUCCAUUACGAAGUCGCCCUAAUCUUGGGCAUAGUCUCCUAUGGAGAAUCGAAUGUUUGCUUUGUCCAUCCACCUAUCGAACGUCGGGCAUGGCGCUUUCGCACGAGCAUAGCACAUGGCCCACGGUUCCGUACUCUAGGCAGGGCUUCGUCGUGGGUGCGCGCGGGCCCUGCUCAGUCUUGUAGUCGUUAUCCAUCUCGAUAUCCUGCACCCAACGGAGCAGGUCACAAAGUGCUAACAGAAGAACCUGCUAAAAUACUCAUUCCGACGCUCUCCUCAGGCCGGGGCUGCGGAAUGACGGAGUGGAGCGUGUUGAGUCUGUCAAGCUCGCCCGCUAGGGACUCUGCCGAAGCGGAGUUGUGUCUCAUGUAGCAAGGGAGGUGGGGGGACAUGGAGCUUGAGAGCUUGGUUUCUAAGCGAAGAAGUGAGUUGUGGAUACUGGAGGGAUGGGAGGACUAGUUGGACGCUCGAGAGAUUAAGUGUAGAGUCUGUGGAGACAGUGACGUGUAGAGAUGAU